AUGCUCAUAUGUGGAGGAUGUGGGUCAAAGAAAAAAACUUUAUUACGCAAAGAUUUAGAUUUAAAAGUGCUCUAUCAGAAGUAUCGAUUCACUAAGCCUGAAUUAGUAACUUAUAAACAAAGAUUCGAUCGCAUGGCAAGAGGAAAUGGUUUCACCCUCGAUGAUUUUCGUGAAAAUAUGGGUUUAUUAGGUAUGAAAUCAACUCGCCUGAUUGCAGACAGGAUAUUCGAUGUUAUGAAUAAAUCAAGAUCCGGUAAAGUUGUGAUUGAAGAAUACCUCACUUCCCCGUUUAAAUUGGAAUAAAAAGGACUAUUCUAAUUUAAAGGGGGUUAAUUUUUUUUAAAAAUCUAUAAUAAAUUUUUCUCUUUAAAAAAAAAUUUUAAAAGUAAAUCGAACGCAAUAGUUUUAGUUUUAAUUUAUUUUAUGAAGAAUCAAAUUUCAAAAAAUUUAAUUGAUUAGUGUGAAAACUGUUUAAUAAUAUUUUACUUGCACUUUUCCCAUUUAGUUAGGUCAAAACUAAUGUUAAAAAUUAUUAUUUGUACCUAUAAAAUUUUCCUAUUGGAAAAAAAAUUGUUAUAAUUUAAAGGAGCAUUAAAGUAUCAAAAAUGGAGCUUUUCCCGAUGUUUUGUUCUAAUUUAAAUGGGGAGAGUCAGUUACAUGGACAUUCUAAUGCACGGAACUCCCCAAGAAAAAGCUCAACAGAGCUUUAAACUAAUUAAAAAUUCAAAAGAAGGGAAUAUUACUUACAACGAUUUUGCUUCAUGGCUUAUCAAUGUAUGAAAAAUGUACAAUACCCUAACCGGAAGUGAAGUAAGUGCUACCCAAGAAGAUAUUCGUUAUUAUUUCGAUCAGCUCGAUACUAAGCAUGACGAUAUGAUUGACUUAGAAGAGUACACUUCUUCAAUGUCCAACAACGAAAACCUAUUUGAGUGAUUUGAUUUUGUCAAUAAAAAAAUCACUGACAAAAUUAACCCUCCAAACAUCGAGCAAAAAAAGCCUGAAGUGGUCGGGUAUAAAGAAACUCUUGAAGAUCUGGAAAAUGAGAUUAGAGAGUGUCUAGAAAUAAUUGAUGGAGGCGAGGCAAAGACACCUAUUAAGAGAUUUAGAGCUAUAAGUCAUAGUAGUAUAAAACUAAGCUUUAGAAAAGAGUCAGCAAAUGACUGAUUCAACGCGGCGAAGACAGAAAUUUUUGAAAAAGAAGACGAUGUUAUUGAUAGCUCCUCUGAGGCAACACCAAUUAAUGCUUCAAAAAGCAAUAAAUGACCAAAAAUAAAGCUUACCGAGUCAGCUUUAGAAAAUAAUAACUCUCAUAACAAUCAAAAUAAGAUUGGAGAGGUUAAAGAAAAACUCAUACAUAUUUUGGCAAAGAUAAAUGAUUACAAGCAAAAUAGCCCAGAUGAGGCUAAUAGAAAUAGCGUUCAUGAGCCAGCUAUUAGGCAAGCUCCAUCAAAAAGAAGAGAAACAGUAAUUCACUGACUCCCUCCUUUAAUUGAACAAAAAUCCUUUUCCAAUUUUAAGGUUAAUUUUUUAAUAAUUUUUAAGAACUAAAAAUUAUAAAUUGAACGCAAUCUUUUUAGAAUUUAAUUAUUAUAAGAAUUAAUUAAAAAUUAAUUAUUCAGCGUGAAAGAUAUUAUAAUAAUUUUCUAAUUGCACUUUUUCCGUUUAAUUAGGUCAAAAUAACUUUAUAAAAUAUAUUUUUUCACCUAUAAAUUUCCUAAUUUUUUUUCUAAUUUAAAGAUGGAUAUUUAUUCCAUUUAAAGGGAGGAGUGAGGUGACGAAGACUGAAAUUUAAUCCUUAACAUGAUGCUUGGAAUCCAAAAAGCUGUAAAAUCAAUAGCUGCGAAUAUCGAUGCAACUGUUGAUGCCACUCAGCAAGAAUUCUUGGAAAAAGCGAAAUACAACUUACUUCCUGCUAACAAUCAAGGAGUUAAACAAAAAACUUACAAAUUACGAGACUACGCUCCUAGUAUUUUUGAAAGAAUAACUCCCCCCCCCCCCCUCCGUGAGCGAACAAAACCAUUAGAAAAAUCGCCAUUUUUUGACCAAAAACCCACCCUCCGUGAGUGAACAAAAAUUUUUUUAAUAGAAAAAAUUUUAAUGGAAAAAAAUUUUGAUAUAUAAAUGAUAAUUAGUAUAAUGAAAUCUAGAGCUAAUUCUGUUUAAUUUUAAACAAAUUGCGUUUUAAAACAUAAAUUUUGCAAAUUAAAUUAAUAUUUGCUUCCCAAUUUUUGCAAAUUAGGAUUUUUUUAAAUUUCGAAAAAAAUAUUUUUUAUAAAAUUUAUAUAUAAAUUUUUUUUAAAAAAAAAAAUUAACCCCCCUCCGUGAGCGAACAAAAUUUUUUUGUUCGCUCACGGAGGGGGGGGGGGGGUAAGACGAUUUUUUGGAAUUAGUGCCUAUGACUACGUGAAGUCUCUUGGGGUAGAAAAAAUUAUGAAUAGUUUGAUGGUUAACGAGUUUUCAUCUCUGGAAGGACAGUGCUCCUCUGGUAAAAGUGGGAGCUUCUUCUAUUUCAGUGAUGAUGGGAAGUACAUUUUAAAAACUCUGAAAAGAGAAGAAUACUUAUUUUUAAAAACACAAAGAAAAUUGCGACGUCAUCGACCCGUCUUCUCCCAGACUUGUUUCGAGUUUGAGGACUUUGCAGCAGCCUGAAGCCAAACUGAGCAUAAAACGGAGCCUACGGGUCUGAGCAUUUGUGUUCCUGAUGCACAUUUGAGAAAAAAGCUUUUUGCCCCCAGAGACCACUCAUGCCUAGCUGAACUCUAGCCACUCAAGUAGUAGCUGUCAGGACCAAAGCCUACAUACUCCAAGAUUCUGAGACAGCAUUAAGAACCAGCUGAAAGCAGCAGGAGAGCUAUCUCUGGUGCAAAUAAUACAUACCUAGGGAGGCUAGCUAGCAGCUGAACGAGUCUUCUACGAAAACUUGUCUUGGAAGAGACGUAAAAGGAGGAAGAUCUCUAAUCUAUAAUUAGUAUUAAUGUUUCUUAUUUUUAAAAAAAAUUCUGCCGGAUUACUAUCUGCAUGUUAUGGAAAAUCCGCAUACUUUGGUAGCAAGAUUUUUUGGUUUUCACAAGCUGAUAGCUAGCAAAGGGAAAAUGCUGUAUUUCACUGUUCUCGGAAAUGUUUUUCAGUCAGGACAUGAACUUACUGAGGUCUAUGAUUUGAAAGGCUCAACCUAUGGAAGAUUCACAAAUAAAGGGGAAAGCUCAUCAGUUGCGAGAAAAGACCUGGACUUUGUUCAAGAGGGCAAGAAAAUUAUCCUUGGAGGAGAAAGGAAGAAAUUGCUGAUGCAGCAGAUAGAAAGAGACUGUGAGCUAUUGCAAAGCCUUAAAAUCAUAGAUUAUAGCUUAUUGCUAGGAAUUCAUGAGGUUAAAGAAAGAGGAAUUCAUCAAAAAGCAGCUUCGGAUGAGUUUGUAAGAUUUGCAGAAAGAGAUGAAGGUGGAAUGGUUAGCAGCGAUGGUAAAUAUAUAUAUACUUUAUGGGGAUUAGAUUAGAUUAGAUUAACGCUAGGUAUUUAAGGUCCCCACUACGUCCGAGGAAGCAUUCUACGGUUUCCCGUAUGGUGGCAGAGCAUUCACCAAGCCCGGGCCGAAACCCCCGGUUUCUCGAUACGAAAACUUUAUGGGGAUAAUAGAUAUUCUCACGUAUUAUGGAAGUAAGAAGAAGAUCGAGCAUGCGAUUAAGACUACUGUGCAUGGUAAAGCGGCAAUAUCUUGUGCACCUCCUAACUUUUAUGCUCAAAGAUUUAUCUCUUUUCUUGAUACCUUAAUAGAGUAA